GCUCGAAAUUCUGUAGUGAAGUCAUGUGAUCGCUCAAAAUAAUCUGUAAACAUUGCCAUGGUCGAGAAAGAGUAAAUCUGUUUCAGAAGAAGGAAAUGAGCGUGUUUGAGUCUAUAAAAGCGGGACUGAAGUCUUUUACGUCACGUGACACUAGUGGCGAGUCCACAGCCCAGUAUUCAAAAACCUCCUUUAAUUUAGACGCAGGAGCUGAUUUACUUCAAAGGUAUCAGUUAAUAUGGAAAGAACUCCAUGAAAAUACAGAGGAAAAUGCCAAACAGGCUGAGGAAGUUGAUAUUUUGGUGAACAAGCUAUAUGUGGAAUAUGAUAGACAGAAUGAAAUUCUUGGCAAGCUUCACGAAGGAGUAAAAACAUUGCCUCUUAUUCUAACUCAACUCCAAAGUCUGACAGAUGUUUUAGCUAUACUGGAUGAGGAAUAUGACCAUGUGGAAGCAGCAUUAUUACAGCUAGAAAAUAUUAUUGAGGACCAAGAACUACAGGCAGCCAAACUAGUAGACUCCCAAAAGUUGGCUGCCUAUCGUGACAGAAAAAUGGACGAGUUGGAGAAAUUUAAAGUGCAAAUUGCCAAAGAUCAUGUGUCCAAGCUUCAAAAAGUAGAAAAACAUAAACAAAUAAAACUGAAAGAGAGACAAGAGGCCUUCCAGGAUGCCUUUGACCAAGAUGUAGACUUUUACAGAACACAUGGCAGAUUAGAACGUUUGUCAGUAUCCAGUACAGACAGUGGAAAGAAAGCUGAUCUAGGAGAUAUAGUAGUAGAUUCUGACCAUGGAGAGUUAGACGAAUUCCUCGAUGACGCGGACUUCACACCCUCUGCUGAUGCAGUAACACAAUCAGCAGAUAAGACAGAUGAAACAAUCAGCGAUGACGAAGAUCUAGUUGUUGUAAGGAGUUCUGAUGAUGUGGAUAUUGAGGAUGAAUAUUAUGAGGAUGAUCUUGGGGCCUCCCAUGGGGACCAGGAGCAUCAGCUAGAUUCCGAGGAUGUGACAGAGGAGAGUGAUAUAGAGAAAACAGAAGCAGGCAAACCCGAGAACAAAAAUUAAAAUCCAGAAACAUUGAAAUCUUAAUCAUGAAAUCUGCAAUACACAUAAAAUCAUCACAUUAGUUUGUUUGAUGUACAUGUAUACUGCUAUAUAAAACGAGCAUGACAGUUCAGAUACGAUAUUGAUGGUACUUGUUUGUGAAAUGAAAAACGCUUGUUACAUUAAAUUCAUUGUUACGAAGGCAAAUGAACAGAAAUAAAAACAAAUGUUGCAUUA